CACGCGCACACUUCUAAACAAACGCACGACGUCUCGCUCACCAGCAAAUCUAGUCUCCAUUCCUUCUCCAAACCUCAGAGAAAGUGGUUGUUCGCGCUAGCAGCGUGCUUUACGUAAAUUACCAAAACUUCUGGAAAGUUCUUUUCGUAAACAGAAUAACGUUGUCUGUCAUAGUUUUCUGGUGGCUUCCUGCUAUCGUGAAAUUUUUAAGGAUUUAAACUCGACCAUUCUUCGGACAUAUCUGUAACAGAACUAUCUACCAUGACUCAGACAGCGGUCCAACUUCAAAGGCACCCCGGAGCCUCAUGGGGGUUCAGACUUCAGGGUGGCAGAGAUUUCUCCUCUGAGCUCAGCGUGAAAAAGGUCCAGCCAGGCAGUCCUGCUGAUGGCCAUCUCAGACCUGGAGACCAGAUCGUGGCCAUAGGACACCAGCCAACCAGUGGACUUACACACAUGCAGGCUAAUGGACUCAUCAAAAGUGCGGGAAAUGUUGUUCAGUUCACCAUCAUCAGGGGCCCAUCGACAGAUUUCUCUCACAUUAAGCCCAAGGGCCCGGUCAAGUUCUCUCCUUGGAAGUACAACCAGCAGCAACAGCAGCAGAACCACUACUGACCACCCCACGAUGACUUAUGACCCAACACUCGCCAAGUGUCACAGAUCAACGUGCCCUAACAACUGACCAUGAAAACUAUUUUGAAAACGAGCGGUACUUGAGAUGCAAUGCUGGCAUUUUGAUGGGGCUAUAAAAGAACUGAAUGUAAUUCAUUUUGCUUUUUAAAAACAGAAACACACAAAGACUCAGACAUUGCUACCUUGGUCGUUUUGAAUUACUAAUUCCAUGAGGUCAGAAAACAGAUUUUCUGUGUACUCUAUCAAAAACGUAAGAUUAUUCUUCGAAGUCGUUAUCAAGAUAUUCCAAGAAAUAAUUGCAUUCGGAAAAGCUUGACAUUUUGUGAAACUCAAAAUGUUUAACAUCAAAUUUCUCAAAACUAGGUUCUCAAAAGAUAGAACGUAAGGUAGCGACUUACGCACACACACAUACACACACAUACAUUCACACACAUAGGCCUACAUACAUACACACUCACACACUCACACAC